AUGGUAGGUGUUGAACGAAAGUUUAAAUUUUUUGAUAAUUAAUACAUUGUUAAAGAGAAAUUUCAAAUGAAAUUUUAAUUUUAUUAGAUUUUGAUUUUUGUGAGCCUUUCUUACUAAUAGAAACACUUGGUAUUGUUUGUUUUGAUUAGGAUUUGUUUGAUCGUAUAACUUGUCACCCGCAGGUCGCAGCUUAUUUUUGAUUUUUAUGGGUUUGGAGAGGGAUUUUUAGCAUAUUUGGGGAUGUCGAUGAAUUUUUUUAUCAUUUCGUGCUUUAAAUUUUUUUAAUUUGAAAAAUGCCAUUUUUUAAAUUUAAAAUUUUCAGAAUUCUCGCUACAUCUGCGCCCUCAACUCGUCGCGCUCCCAACCAAAACGAAAUUCAAGUCAACGGAGACUUGAACCGACGAAGCCAAGUUCUCCCCACAGGCGCCCCCCAACACCUGUGACAAUAACCCCCAAACAGAACCCCCGCGUUUCACGCAUCGCCGUCGCAGGCGCGGACCCGUGGUCCAGCAAACAGCCGAGAGCGGCCGCAUUCGCUCGCCUAGCGUUGCACCGUUUCAACGGCAACCACCGUACCUCGAGACCACCUUUAUUACGCAUUAACGGGUUGGUCGAACCGCAUUGA